AUGGACACUCGCGGCAAAACGAAUGCAGAAUUCCGCAACGAUGUUAACGAAAUCUUAGCACGACACGAUACCAGUUUCGAUCAGGUGAAUGCAGUCUUACAGGAAGUGUUAACUGAGCUUCAAGCUCUUAGAGCCUCCCAUAACCAAAACAGUAGCCCACAUGAUGACUCCUCACACCCACAUACUUCUCGUUUUAACAUUAUCAGUGACCACCCUCAUCAACACCUCAAGCUGUCCUUCCCAAAAUUUAAUGGUGACGACCCAACUGGUUGGGUUUACAAGGCAGAACAGUACUUUGAUUUCAAGAACAUUGCACCAGAACAACAAGUUCAUCUGGCCUCCUUCCAUUUAGAAGGCAUCGCCCUGCAAUGGCACAGAUGGUUGACGAAAUUCCGUGGACCACUCACAUGGGAUGAGUUCACCAAGGCUGUUCAACUUCGAUUUGGUCCAACCGACUAUGAAGACCCGUCAGAAGCUCUGACUCGUCUUAAACAAACCACAUCAGUAGCAGCUUAUCAAGAAGCUUUUGAAAAGCUUUCCCACCGAGUUGAUGGCCUACCCGAAAAUUUUCUCAUCGGUUGUUUUAUUGCAGGACUUCGAGAUGAAAUUCGCAUAGAUGUAAAAAUUAAACAACCGCGAACCUUGGCAGAUACAAUAGGAGUUGCUAGGCUGAUCGAAGAACGCAACCAACUGCAGAGGAAGCCAAACCAGCAAACUCGUUUCCAACCAACCUCAUUGACACCAAAGGCCUCACCCAACCCCACAGCUGGUGUGCUGGGACCUCCACCAACCCAGCGUAUGAACCAGAGUUCGAAUGCUCAACCAGCAACAUUCCGCCGAAUCACCAAUCAAGAGGCACGCGAACGACGAGAGAAGGGAUUAUGUUAUGACUGUGACAAGAAGUUCGUUGCUGGCCAUAGUUGCGAACGACCUCAAUUAUUCAUGAUCGAGGAUUUCCCUCAUAUGAACACUGAGGAUGUCGAAGGCGCUCACCCGGAACAAGAACCUCAUGAAGUUAUACCAGAAAUUUCUUUUCAUGCAAUUGCAGGAACUGAACACCCACAAACCAUACGCGUUCUGGGCAAGCUGAAAAACAAGAAUGUGAUGGUGCUAAUAGAUGGUGGUAGUACGCACAACUUCAUUGAUCAUGCUAUAGUCUCAAAGUUUGGGUUACCAGUGAUCCGGGAUAAGAAAUUCGAAGUCAUGGUUGCUAACCGUGAGAAGAUAGAAUGUACUGGACAAUGUCGCGGUCUCACCCUCACCAUUCAAGGAUAUUCCGUCACCGCCAACUACUACAUUCUUCCGGUCGCGGCAUGCCAAUUGGUCUUAGGAAUACAAUGGCUCGAAACUCUUGGACCCAUCGAGAUGGACUACAAGCAGCUCACCAUGAACUUCAAGGUAGAAGGGACCCCCCAGACCUUCCAAGGAUUGAGACGAACCAGCAUCGAAGCUUUGUCUGAUAAGGAAUCCAAUGGGUUACAAGGCACUGGAUUAUUCUUCCAAAUAAUUCCUUCCACCACCGCCAGCAGCCAACCAAAGUCCUACCCACCUGAGAUAGGCCAACUGCUAGCAAAAUUCUCCCAUGUAUUUGAAUCACCCACCAGCUUGCCUCCAAGGCGGCCACAUGACCACCAGAUCCCAUUGCAGCCAAGCGCAGGACCAGUGAGUGUGAGGCCAUAUCGAUACCCUUAUUACCAGAAAACUGAGAUAGAGAAGAUGGUAAAAGAGCUUUUGCAAUCUGGUUUGAUACGGCCAAGUAACAGUCCGUUUUCUUCCCCGGUUCUGUUAGUAAAAAAAGCAGAUGGUGCUUGGCGUUUCUGUGUGGACUAUCGAGCUCUGAACGACAUCACAGUUAAAGAUAAAUAUCCAAUUCCUAUUAUCGAUGAGCUAUUAGAUGAACUCCAUGGAGCCAAAUUCUACUCUAAAUUGGAUUUACGGUCUGGGUAUCAUCAAAUACGGGUCCACGAAGAUGACAUUCCUAAAACAGCAUUUCGGACACACGAAGGCCAUUACGAAUUUAUAGUGAUGCCAUUUGGCCUCACUAAUGCACCAGCAACCUUCCAAAGUCUCAUGAAUGAUCUCUUCCGUUCCUAUCUCCGGAAAUUUAUUUUGGUGGAUUACUUGGGCCACAUUAUUUCGGAGCAAGGUGUAUCGGUUGAUCCCGCCAAAAUACAAGCUGUCAUUGAGUGGCCAACCCCGACAACAGCAAAAGGGGUCCGUGGGUUCCUCGGUUUAGCAGGCUACUAUCAGAAAUUUAUCCGUCAUUUCGGCAAUAUAGCAGCUCCCCUGACCCGUCUCUUGAGCAAGGAUGGAUUUCAAUGGAAUGAGGCAGCAGAGAUGGCCUUCACACAAUUAAAAGAGGCCUUGACGUCACCACCAAUUUUACGCCUUCCCGAUUUUACUCAACGAUUCGUGAUUGAAUGCGAUGCCAGCGAAAUCGGACUUGGUGCAAUUCUUACCCAAGAAAAUCGACCAGUGGCGUACUUUAGCUAA